CGCAGCCGUGAAAUGCGCAUGCGUGUGAGCGGCACAUCUGUGUGCAAAGGUGGAGAGAGGAAUCACGACAAAACAACGAGCCGGAGGAAUGUUAAAUAAUUUAGAAGUUACUUAAUUUGCGCAUUUGUUUUAUACUUUAGAUUCAGUUAUCGCGAUUAAAAUAUAUUCUUUAUAAUGUCUAGGAAAACCCAAUUCGGCCCGGAGUACUUCCGCAUGCGCAAUGAUGCGCAUCUCAUGCGCACACACGCUAUGGUAGAUUUGAUGAACAAUAGACCUUCCAACAACGACUUAUUAGAUGCUCUAAGCUUUGGGUUUGUUCCAGUUCCACAUCUGGAUCACUUUUCACAUCGGUUCGUGCAGUAUGGAGAGUCAUCAGAUGAUGAUAUUGAUUACGAUGAUUAUGAUGAUGAUGAUGAUGAUCACAAAUGUGCCGUGCAUCCAGGCAACAGUUACUGUGGCUUUUCCCGCAACUUUCUUGACAGAGGCCUGCCAAAGCCAUCCAAACACAUAACUCCUGAGGAGGCAGCAAAAAAUGCAAAAGAACUUGUGGAUGAAGAAGAAAAACUUAAAAGGAAAGCAGAGAAGAAAAAGCUAAAAAAAAUGAGACAAAAAGAGAGACGCCGUCUGGAAAAGUUAGAGAAGGAAAAUGCAAAUAAAGAAAAAAACAAAUCGGUACAAGUUGACCCUGGACCAGAAAAGACCAAACAUGCAGAAAAAGAUACAAAUGAAAAUAAAAUAAAACACUGUAAUUGUUCGUCUGUACCUUCUGACCCUCCCCGUACCACAGCAGCUGAGCAGAUAAGUGAGGAAGAGGAGGAGGAGGAGGAGGAUGAUGAUGAGGAGGAUGAAGAUGAAAAAGAAGAUUCAACAACUGAACCAGAGGAGCUUGACAUGAAUAGCUGCUUUGUGUCAAAUGCAGCAGCCAAAGCAGCAGCCAUCGCAAAGCGUAAACUAGAGCAAAGACCUUAUAAAAAAGUUGCUCCAGCAAUCUCAAACAAACAGGAUGGGUCGGAGCAGAAAGGAGUCACAAAGCCACAAAAACAGACUGAUGAUAAAAAGGAGGCGGAGUCAGAGGAGGCCGAGGAUGCAAAUGACUUCAUAACAAAAAGUGUGGAAUUUGCAGUUCUUGGUAACCAGUAUGCAGCCAAAGGAGACCUUCGCAUGGCUGUGAAAUAUUUUACAGAAGCUAUAAAGAAUAACCCUAAAGAGUAUAAGUUAUUUGGGAAUCGUUCCUUCUGCUAUGAAAAGAUGCGACUGUAUGCGAAAGCUUUAACGGAUGCUGAAAUUGCUCUUUCGAUGAAUCCCAAAUGGAUCAAAGGACUUUACAGAAAAGGCAAAGCGCUGGUUGGACUAAAGAAAUAUUAUGAUGCCAGAGUUACUUAUAGUGAAGUAUUAAAACUAGACCAGACAUGUAAAGAUGCAGCUGAGGAGUUGAUGAGGGUGCAGAUCAUGCAACUUAUGGAAUUAGGAUUCACUAAAGAGCAGAGUUCAAAUGCCCUUAUUAUUCAUGGAACUGUAGAAAAGGCCUUAGAAGCUCUCACUGGGAUACAAGCUGUUGCCCCUGCACCCAGGGAAAGUGAAUUUAUGCCCGUGCAAAGAAACUCAAGAGCUGAAGCUAAAUUCCCCCUUAGACCCGUUCCUCAGAAUCAGCCUAGACCCAAUAUGCCAGUUCCUGCUGCAUUUACUCCUCAGCCGCGGGAACUGUUCCCUGUCUGGGUUGGAGAUCUGGUGCCUUCUAUAACUGGAGAAAAACUUUACGAGUUAUUUAAAUCGGCUGGGCCAGUCCAUAAUGUAAGAGUGUUGCCUGCCAGGUUCUGCGCAUUUGUUAACUACACCAGUAAGGAGGACUGUGAGAGAGCCAUCCGAGAUUUACAUGGUUAUCGAAUUGAUGGGACAAUUCUAGUGGUUCGUUAUCCAGAUAGAAUACAUACACAUCUUGGAGUGUCCAGAUCUGCAUCUACAGAGACCUCAGGCAAGAAUGGCAAACAACCUGAUGAAUGUUAUUUUUGGAGGACAACUGGCUGCAUUAAGAAUGAUCGCUGCACUUAUCGGCAUAUACCAGAAAACAAGGGCGUUGACCAGCAUAAAGCGAGAUCACACUAUUGAUUCACUGGGAUUUCUUCAAAUAAAUGCAUUAGAAACCUACUUCACAUUUUCUAUGUUACAUUGUAGCAAGUGCUUUAAAAAAUGAUUGUGGGCCAGAGUAUAAUUUGUUUUAAAUACCCUAUUUGUUCAAAGAGUCUCUCUAUCGGUUUAAUAAUAGGGGAUUUAGGAGUUUGUACAACAGGUAUGGUGGCUGUGAUUAUUGUCCCACAGAGUAAUAGAAACACUCUAAAAAUUAAGUAUUUGUUUUAAAUCUCUUUCAAGUCUGAUCUGAAGAUCAUACUAUUUUUAAGGCUGUCUCAAUUUUAGUUUAUAUUAAGAAAGAUGUUUGCUAAACGCUGUAAUUGUUGCGUUAUAGUAACCCUGUCUGAGGGUCAAUACCAAAAGUGUUGCAUUUUGAGAGGUAUUAUUUUUGGCCUGAAAGGUUUUCCAGUGUGUACAUCUAGGUUUUAACACUUGUUGGAAAUCCCAUGCUGCUUAUAAAUCAUUCAAAACCCCUGAUGCAUUUGCAGUAAAUAUUAUCUGCUAUAACAUGUUGCCAAUGUUGUAGCAAUGCCAUAUGGGACAAUGUGCAUUGUAAUGGAUAUUGGUUUUAAAAUGUCACACUUGCAUAUAUAUAUU